AUGGACAAACUCCCAUACCUUCAAGCAGUUGUAAAAGAAACCAUGAGACUUCGUCCAGCAGCUCCAUUACUCUUACCUCACAAAGCCCUACACGACGUACAAGUGUUGGGCUUUACCGUGCCCAAGGGCAGUCAGAUUUUCGUGAAUGCUUGGGCUAUUGGAAGAGACCCCAAGUAUUGGGAAAAGCCAUUAGAGUUUCUGCCUGAAAGAUUCAUGGAAUCUAGUGUGGAUUACAAAGGUAGGGACUUUGAGUAUAUACCAUUUGGCGCGGGGAGGAGGAUUUGUCCAGGAAUGCCGUUGGCUAUAAGAAUAGUGAAUUUGAUGUUGGCUUCGAUUAUUCAACCAUUUAAUUGGAAGUUACCAGAUGGAAUGGCGCGGGAGGAAUUGGACAUGGAGGAACAGUUUGGAGUUACCUUAAAGAAGGCUAUUCCUCUUGUUGCAAUUCCUUGUAUGAAAGAAAAUAAGGUUAUAUUUUAUGUCUUUAUGUUUUAUGAGUUUCGUUAG